UUCUCCGAUCAAGAUGAACGCCAAGAUGUUACUGCUGGGUCUGUUUAUGACCCUUGUGGUGUUCAAUCUAGUGUCCGAGGCACAGGGGCAGGGAGCAGAAGGGGUGGAAGGAGAGGGGCUGGAGGUCCCCAGUGAGGCGGAGAUCGAGGAGACUAUAGGAGAAGCUUUGUCGGAGCUGGCCAACGAGCCGGGCCUGAGUGUGGCAAAGCGAGGCUGGUUGAAAAAGAAGACUAAGAAGGUUUGGAGGAAAGUUAAGCCCAUUGCGAAACAAGUCUUGAUCCAUAUCCUCAAAAACAUGGCCCAGGGCAAACGAAGCAUGGAGUGAUUGGUUUCCACAAGACCACCAAAGAUUCCUUCUGUCUGUCUGUGAUGUAUCUCUCUCUCUCUGGUCCCUUUUCUAGAGGAAACAUCGAUAUUAAAUUUUCUUUGAAAAAAGAU